AUGUCACAGCAACCGCUGUCGUCGUCGGUGCAGCCGACCGACAUCUACGGAGGAGAUGAGGUCUCGGCGCUUGUGCUCGAUCCCGGCUACUGCAACACCCGCGCGGGGUUUGCGGGCGAGGAGAUACCCAAACAGGUCAUUCCAUCCUCCUACAUCCACGUCGACGGCCGCGAUCUGUUUGGCGACCCGAGCAUCGCCCCGCGCGCCGGCAUCGAAGUACGCAACUACAUGAACCGCGACAGCGUCGUCGAGGACUGGGACGCCGCCACCCGCGUCUGGGAACACGUGCUCGUCCAGCGCCUGCAGCCCCCGCGGCCUACCCCUCCGAGCAAGAACGGCCUCAACGUGGGCGACAACGACGGCGACGUGGAGAUGGGAGAAAACGAGGAUGCCACCGAUGCGCUCGAGAAGCCGCUGGCCGAAAACCCCCUGCUCAUGACUGAGGCGCCUUGGAACUCGGCUAAGGCCCGCGAGAAGGCAAUUGAAAUAAGCAUGGAGAACUGGGGCUGUCCCGCCUUCUGGCUCAGCCGAGCCCCUGUGUUGGCCGCCUUUGCCGCCGGGAAAGCCACCGCCCUUGUUAUCGAUGUCGGCGGGGCCAACACGAGCGUCACAGCAAUUCACGACGGCAUGGUCCUCAAGAGGUCAGUCCAGCGGUCGCCGGCUGCUGGUGUCUGGCUGAGCGGCCAGAUCCGCUCCAUGUGGGAGAGCGGCGACCCAAAAGUCGACGUCGUCCCAAGCUUUAUGGUCGAGAACAAGAAGCCCGUCGAGGCUGGCGCGCCCGCAGAUGCCAGGCUGAAGACGUUUGACUUCCCCAUCACCGAUUCAUUCCGCGCCUUCGAAGAGGAGCGCGUCCUCACUGAGUUCAAGGAGUCAGUCGUCGAAGUAUGGCGUGGGCCUGGCCGUUACACGGCACCGGGGAACGAAGAUUACGCUCGAAGCCAACCCGGCCGCGUAUUUGAGAUGCCCGACGGGUUCAACCAGAUGUGGCGCGAGCAGCGUUACCGCGUAGCUGAGGGCAUGUGGGACGAGAGCGCCGCCUUUCCGGCGGUCGGCGAAGAGCCAGGUUUGACGAAAGCGCAGACGAUCCCCGCCAUGAUCAAAGCGGCGCUAGACGGAGUCGAUGUCGACCUGCGACCUAACCUGCUGGGUCACGUCGUGGUGACCGGAAGCACGAGCCUGCUCAACGGGUUCAAUGAUCGCCUGAACCACGAACUCACAGCCAUGUACCCAGGCCUUAAAAUCAAGAUACAUGCGGCUGGUCUGACGAGCGAGAGGAGGUUCGGUGCUUGGAUUGGAGGCAGUAUCCUGGCCAGCCUGGGCACAUUCCACCAGAUGUGGAUCUCGAAGAAGGAAUAUGACGAGAAUGGAGCGGGCAUCGUGGAGAAGCGUUGCAAGUAG